AGGUCCCCCCCGCCAUGAGGCCCGCGCCGCUCCGGCUCCUCCUCGCCCUCGCCCCGCGGUGCCGCCGGCAGCCCCCCGGUGUCCCCCCGGUCCCUCUCGGUGUCCCCCCGGUCCUUCCCCGUGUCCCCCCGUCGCUGUGGGGCCGCAGGGCGCUGUGUUCAUCGCCGGGACCCCCCCACGGCGAGGAUCAGAGGGAAGGAGAGGGCUCGGGAGGCUGCGUGGAGGAGGAGGAGGAGGAGGAUGAAGGCGUGGAGUUUGGGACGCUGUCCACGAGGUUUUCUGGUAGAAAGUUUUAUCACAAAACCACGGCGCGGUUCCGGGAUUUAAAGCUCGAAGGAGGGGGAGAGGAGGACAUGGGAAGGAAGCCCCGGCGCGGGCCUAGGAACACCCCGUACUGGUACUUCUUGAGGUGCAAGGCACUCAUCAAAGAAGACAAGCUGGCAGAGGCUCUGGAGCUGUUUGAGGUGCAGAUGCUGAAGGAAGAGCGAGUGCAGCCGGAAGAAAGCAAUUACACUGUUCUAAUUGGUGGCUGUGGCAGGGUUGGCUACGUGAAAAAGGCAUUCAAGCUCUACAACGAUAUGAAAAAACGAGGCUUAACUCCCACUGAGCCCACGUACACAGCCCUGUUCAACGCCUGUGCUGAAUCACCCUGGAAAGACUCGGGCCUGCAGAGCGCCCUCAAAUUACGGCAGCAGCUAAAGAGCAAAAACCAAGAGCUGAAUCUGAUAACUUACCACGCGCUGCUGAAAGUCUGUGCCCUGUGCUCAGAUCUCAGGAUGUGCUUCGACGUGCUGAAGGAAAUAGUGCAGAAGGGUCACGUUCCCACAGCUGAGACCUUCAGCUUCCUUCUCAUGAGCUGCAUAAAGGACACUGAAAGUGGCUUCCGAUACGCCUUACAGGUUUGGAAACAGAUGGCUAAACUUGGAAUAAAGGCCAACAGCCACACGUACAACUUGAUGCUGCGUGCUGCCAGAGACUGCGGAAUUGGCGAUCCGGUUGUGGCUUCCCGAGUACUGCUCAGACCCACCGAUGUGAGCUCACCUCAGCUAAGGCUUGCACCCGGCCUGCAGAAGGUGAAAAAUCAGAGGAAGAAGGGAUCGGAGGGCGCGCCUACUGCCCAGCUGGACGUGGAAGCCAUGGAAAAGCAGUUAUUUCAGGAGAGUUUGAUGCAGCCUGAAGAACUGAUCAGGCAACAAAAGAAAGAUGUGAGUGAGGCUGAAAUGAAACUAGUGCCAGCUGGUGUCAACAGCGGCACUGAAGCAUUGAUGAGGGGAGGUCAGAAUGAGCUAGAGCAAGACCAAGCAUGCCUAAGCCAGAAGCUGCAUUUGUGCAAGCUGCCCAACUUGCUGGAUUCACGGAUACCUGACGCAGCUGUCGUUUCCCUGGGGACAGUGGCCACGCCAUCCCAUAGACUGGCUUUGAUGGGGGACGUGGGGGGCUUCUUGAACAAAAUGAAGGAGGACAAUGCAGAACCCAACAUUAAAACUUUUACAUUACUGGCUGAGCUGGUGGAACCCCAAAGCCCGUCAGAAUCCUCUCUUCUGGCACUCCUGGAUGAGCAUAAGGUGAAAGUAGACGUGACCUUCUUUAACACUUUAAUAAGGAAGAAAAGCAAACAGGGAGACCUAGAAGGAGCAAAGAGCCUGCUGCCAGCUCUCGCGAAGAGGAGCAUAUCACCUAACCUCCAGACAUUUUGUAGCUUGGCAAUUGCUUGCCACCGAGAGAAGGAUGGGUUGCAGUUACUCUCAGAUUUGAAGACGUCCGGAAUAACUCCCAACAAGUACAUCUACAGCGCCCUCAUCGGUGCCGCCGUGAGGCAGCUGGAUUACAGCUACCUCACGGAGAUCCUGCGAGACAUGAGGAGCACCGAGGUGCCUCCCAACGAGGUCAUCAUACGCCAGCUGGAGUUCGCAGCGCAGUACCCGCCGAAGUUUGACCGGUAUAAGUCAAAGAACCCCUACCUGGCGAAAAUUGACGGCUUCCGGGGCUACUACCACCGGUGGUUAAAAGUCAUGGCAGGAGAGGAGACGCCCCACCCCUGGGAGAAAUACCGAACAGCCAAACGUUCGGAAGGUGAGGAUAAGGAAGAGGAUGUGCAGGGGAAGCUACGCCAGGAUGCUGCAGCUGACAGCUAGGGCCUGCGUGUUCGUGUGCUGGAAGAACUCAGAAUUCACUCCCUUAAGCUGCCUCCUUGUACGAAAGCUGUUUUGUAGUUCCAGGAAGCCAAGCUCUUGCGAUAACCACUAAAUAAAAUAUUUGUCCUCUGUUUUGAGGAGAAGCAAAUACA